AUGCGCGUUCCUCUCUUCCGCAUCUGGUACUCGACCACGUACACGACCCUUCUCAUAAUCCUACUCCUACUCCUCGCUGUCACACCCGCGGAUACGAUAUACCAAUCGAUUAAAUCUAAAGAAAUCCAGAAGCUGUUUGUUAUCGGCGGCGUCUACCUGCUCACUUGUUUGAUUGUGCUGUUGAUCUACUCGACACGCAUCUACACGAAUAGGACUGUGCUUGCGGCGAUACCGAAGAGCUAUGUGCCAGUUGAGGAAGGCGAGGUGGGCAAGUGGGUGAGAAGGAUGAUUGUGAAGCAUUUCAAGAGAAGUGCGGUCAUUGCAUGGGACAGCAGGCCAAGGGACGUUAGGGGCGAGGUUGACCUGGAUGAGGAGAAGGGAGAGGAAUCACGGCCCAACACAGCGGAGACCAGGAGAGAGAAGCACAAGGCGCAUAAGAAGAAAGGACACCACCAUCAUCACCAUCAUCACCAUGCGCCUGAUGCGACAAUCAUCCCUGUCUCUGCGAACUCGCCGCCUUGGGGCCAUGUCUCGCACCCUGGCUGGGCAUCCCCUUCGUCGCCUGAUCUGCCGAACCUACAAUAUUGGGGCGUCAUCUGUGAACUGCCUAAUCUUAUCGAAGCGAAGGCCGUUUCCCUUGCGCCUCCAGAUCCUGCCAUCGAAGAAAGCGCUCCACAGUAUCCUGACAAUGCGCCACCUUUACCAGACGCGCGCAUCGUCACCCUCCUCCAGCGCCCGCGCGCGAUGGGCCUACGCGAAUACCUCGCUCGUCUCGCAGAAUUUGGACUGCUGAACCCACCCUCUCUCGGCGCUACAUUCCUCGCGCAAUACGAAUACGCACGUUUCUCUACCACGAGCCUGACGGAAACACAAUUCAGAGACAUCAUGGCCGUCUUUGCAGAAAUACUGAACGGAAUGACAGAAGUCGAUCCCGAAGUCAUUGAAGAAGCACGCGCGCAAGACAUUGAAUCCGACACGCGCAGUCUCGCACCCACAGAAUCAAGUACCGAAACCAGCAGCUCCUCGCAAUCCCAUCUACCUUACCGCACACCUCAACUCGAGCGCCAAACCUCCCUAUCCUCCUUCAACAGCUCUCUGUCCACUUCUGACAGCGGCUCAACAACACAUUCACCCCAGACUGUCCGCACCGCACCCUCGCGCCAACAACGCAGCUCCACCAUCUUCGGCACGCCGCGCACACCCUCACAACGCUCACACAUGGAUUCAGCGUCGGAAACAGGAUCUGUUGUGGUUCACGAGAGGCCGCGAAGAAGUCCAAGCACCUUGUUGCCUAAUUCGAGCGAGAGUUCCCUGGGCAGUGCCGGAAGCGUCAUUCGCUUACAUCCUAACCCUAGCGAGGGAGAUCUGCCGUACGAGUAUAAUAUUGAUGCUGGAUGA